AUGAUCUUGUUCGAAAACUUGCCAUUAUUGACAGAUUCUAAGGCAACAAAGACGCACACCAUGUCCGCGGGCGAUGUGCCUUUGGUGGCGAUGGCCAAGAUGCCGCCGCCCAUCCAGUUCGAGGCCACAAAGGACUUCCACACGCACACCCAGCAGCAGGAGUUGGAUGUAGCUUUCCUGGGCAACGAGCGGCGUCCGUGGAUUCGCCCGAAGGAUCACAAGGACACGCGUCGGGAGAGGGAGAUUCUCAACGGCCUGCUGUCCUCCACCAGCGUGGAAACGGACAACGCCAGUACCUGUGUGGACAAACUCAUUGCCGAGAACAUAAGCUACCGGGAUUUGGCAUCCCUCACCGACGAGGAUUUAAAAUUCUUAGGGUUCAACUCUGAAAAGUAUCGGCAACAGCUCUUAGAGAUGUUCGGAAAGAUGCCGAACCAGAAUCCCAGUUACAAAUACACUUGCAACCAUCCAGAGGCCGAAACCUAUAACAAUCAGAUCCUGGGCAAUGCUGGCAACCACUUCAUGUCCCUGCGCGCCUCCUUGGCGGUCACCAACUACAAGCUGCAGGUCUCCACUCCCGAGGACGUCGUGGUGGGCGACAAACGAUAUGCCAGCUGCUUUGCCCAGGAAACUCUGAAGAGCGUAAAGCAGAUCACCGAGGAGAUAGCCCAGGAUCUCAGAAAAAUCGAAGCCAAUGCCAAAAACACAACUAGCCACAAGAAAAUGCAGGCUAACGAGAACCACAAGAAGAAGAAGUGGAGCCUGGCCACUAUUUUAUACUACACCACUCUAGCUGUGGGAUUUUCGUGCGCCUGGUUCUGGUGGUGGACCAAGUUCCGCAGCGCUCCCCGACUGGAGCACAACGAAGCAUUUAAUAGUUGCAUUCCCCUUUUCUAAUAGGCAUUCACGUAUUCCUUGGUUAAGCUUUAGCAUAAUUUCAAGCUGUAUUGAAGUUUUACUGCCCAACAUGAACAUUUGAUAGAAACAAA